AUGGCCGUCUCCAUGUGCGAACGAUCCAGCGAGGACGCCGACCGAGGACCGUCCCUGGUUAUCAUCAACGCCACCUUCACUGCCAUCGCCACGAUCGUCGUGAUCCUCCGCAUCAUCGCCCGUGCUUUCAUCCUCAAGAAACCCGGCUUGGACGAUGCAAUGAUCGUCGCUGCGACCAUUCUCGCAAUUCUAAACGUGGUCGUCUCGGGACUAGGUGCAGUACCAUACCCCUCUUCCCUUUCAAACACAGUCGCAGCAUCAGCUCACGACCCAGGCGUCACCCACGGCACCGGAAAACACACCUGGGCCCUCAACCCCAGCGACGCCGUGCCCGCAGCCAGACUCCGCUUCAUCACGCACAUAAUCUACGUCCUCGCCAGCGGAAGCAUUAAAAUCUCGAUCUCCCUACUCUACCUACGCCUCUUCCCGACGCUGCGCGGCACAACCAUCGCCACCAUCGGCUCAAUCACCGCCAUGACCACCGCGAUCUUCCUCGCCACGAUCUUCCAAUGCUCCCCGCUCGACACCGUCUACAACACCCAGAAGUACGCGCACGCCGCGUGCCUCGACGCCGUGGUCUUCUGGUCCGCGACGGCGGCGCUGUACCUGCUCACCGAUUUGUCUCCAAGCCAGUCGCAGGAAGAGACUCGUCUUGACGGCGCUGCUUUCUCUCGGAGCAUUAAGGGUAGCGCGUGUAUUGCCAGCAUCGCGCGGAUGGUCUACAUCGUUCGGCUGUACCAGGGCGUCGACCAGAGCUGGCACAGCGUGGACGUCUCGAUCUGGUCCGGGGUGGAGCUGGCGCUCGGGAUCGUGGCGGCGAGUAUUCCGAGUCUGAGGCCGAUGUUGGACCAGCUGGCACCGGGGGUGUUGUCGUCGGUGGGGCGGAGCUAUUCUCGUGAGUCGGGGGCAGCGGGCCAGAGGAGGUUGGCUGGGCCGUUCCACGGGGAUAUCUCGCUGGUCCGGUUGACGGGGAAGGGGAGGGAUGGGGAUUAUGGUUCGAGUGCUAGUAUUGUGCGGGGGUCGUCUGGUGGAGCAGUGUCUCUCGCAGGAGCGUAG